UUCUGAGUGAAAAUUUAGCUUCCCUAAAACCCAGCCGCCGAUUAAACCCUGCUUCUUUCAAAUCGAGGCGACUCUAUUAUUGCCAUGGCUCGUUUCCGUAAUAGAAAGACGAAGGUUUUCGUGAAGCCUAUUGUGAAAAAGAACCAGCAACAGCAAUCAAACGUGGACCAUAUCACAGGGAAUAAAAUCCCAAAGAGUUUCGUGUUUUCGAGAGGGAAGCUUCCUGGUCCAAUUAAGCAACUUCAAAUGGACUUGAGAAAAUUGAUGCUUCCUUAUACUGCUCUCAAUCUCAAGGAGAAGAAAAGGAACAAUCUGAAAGACUUUUUGAAUGUUGCAGGGCCAAUGGGUGUAACCCAUUUCCUCAUUCUAUCAAAAACUGAAACUUCGCCUUUCCUUAGGGUUGCAAAGACUCCUCAAGGCCCUACUCUUACCUUUAAAAUACAUGAGUAUUCAUUGGCUGUUGAUAUCGCCCAGUCUCAAUUGCGCCCUCGAUGCCCUCAGGAUCUUUUUAAAAAUCCCCCUUUGAUUGUUCUAUCUGGCUUUGCAGCAGGAGAUGAACAUUUAAAGCUCACUACUACGAUGUUUAAGAACAUCUUUCCAGAUAUUGAUAUCAACACUGUUAAACUUUCUUCUUGCCAGAGGAUUGUGUUGCUUAAUUACAAUAAAGACACAAAGCUUAUCGAUUUUCGACAUUAUUCUAUCAGACUACAGCCUGUUGGUGUCUCCCGUAGAAUUCGUAAAUUCGUGCAGAACCAUCAAGUACCUGAUCUUAGGAAUCUUCAAGAUGUGAGCGACUUCAUCACCAAAGCGGGUUAUGGAUCAGAAAGUGAAGCAGAAGAAGAAGCUGCAACAGUUACUCUGACUAGUGAUCUUAGUCGAGUUAAUCGUGCUUCCACAAAAAGUGCUGUCAAGCUUCAAGAAAUUGGACCUAGAAUGACUCUCCAACUCACAAAAAUCGAGGGUGGAUUAUGUUCUGGUGAAGUUAUGUUCAGUGAAUAUGGAAAUGGUGGCAAUAAGGAAAAACCAGACAGUGAGAGGGGUAAUGAAAAGGAAGAUGGUGAUAAUGAUGACGAAAUGAGAGAUAGUGAUGAAGAUAACGAAGGGGAGGAUAACGAGGACGCUAUCGAAGAAAGCGACGAAGAUGAUGAAGAAGAUUAAUAAUGGUUUCGUAAAGUGGAAGGAUGCAGCUUCUGGAUUCUCUUUAAAAUGACAUGAAAAUUAUAAUUAGCUGUGUUAGUUACAUGGGGAAGGUGAUCAUCUAGUGAGAGAUAUCCUCCAUUAUAGGAGGAUCUGACAAGAUUUCAUGCCAGUUAGCCUUUUUUUUUUUUUUUGCUUUUUUACUUUCCUGCGUUGUUUUCCUCCUGAUUUCCCCCUCUAAUUUGUUGUAAAAGACUCGUAUUUUGAUAUGAGAAAGAGAGAACCCAAUUGGUGUC